UUUAAUUCCAGCAAAUAUACCGUUAUCGCACCUGGCACCAUACAUUCAAAUGACAAAUACACGGCCGCAGUAGCAGUGCAUCAUAGCGCCGAACCCUGUCAAAUCAAGGUGGGUAUUACAGGGCCCUCAUACAACGAGACCAAGGUGGUAGAGGCCUUACAAAAUGAAGUAAAACAUGUAGACUUUGAGGUUCCAGAGUUGGAAAAAGGUGACUACAAUUUAACCGCCGAGGGUAUCAAUUGUUUGAAUAACUUUAAGAAUACCACCAAAUUGAAUUAUGCCAAAUUCAACAAUCAUGUAAGAAUACAAACCGAUAAGGGUUUGUAUAAACCCGGAGAUGAGAUCAACUUUAGAGUGAUAUUUAUGGAUAAAGAUUUGAAACCAGCUCAAGCGGAAAAGGAUGCUGUUAUCUGGUUUGAAGAUGGCAAACGUAAUAGAAUAAAGGAAAUUAAAGAUUUCAAAACUGUUAAAGGUGUUUACACCGGCAAAUUUAAGAUCUCGGAAUAUCCAGUUACCGGAGGUUGGCGUUUGGGUGUUAAAAAUGGUGGUAGAUUUGAUAGGACCGUAUACUUUGAGGUGGAUAAAUAUGUUUUGCCCAAGUAUGUAGUCAAAGUGGAGGCUACCGAAUCGGUGUCGGUUAAAGAUGGUGAUAUGCAAAUAGUAGUAAGAGCUAACUACACCUAUGGCAAACCUUUGGAUGGCAAAGCUACUGUAAUUUUAUCUUUGGGCUCUAACUACUACUACGAUACCAGCCGCAAUGGUAAUGCUGAGCAAAAGAAACAACCCCCUACUCUCAUUAAAACUGCCGAUAUGGUUAAGGGCAAGGCUAAAAUCGAUUUGAAUGUUAAGGAGUAUGAACCUUAUUUGCCUUAUAAAAACUCUCCCUCUUUCAUGGGUAUUACCGCCACCGUUGAAGAACAAUUUACUGGUGUGAAAAUUAAUGGCUCUGCUUCCACCACUCUUUAUCCCUAUCGCUAUGCCAUGAAUUGUAUUAGUUACGAUACCUGUUCCACCUUUGAAGUAGGCAAAGAAAAAGAUGUUCUCUUCCAAAUUACCUACAUCGAUAGUUCUAAUCUAAAAGAUACUAAAUCGGAAGUGGAAUUGAUCUAUAAAGAAGUUUUACGUAAAAACCACUGGUGGCAUCGUGAACGUGAGUUGGAAGAUGAUGACUCGGUGGUUGUUACUACCAUGGAACCUCCCGUCUCGGAAAAUCGUACUGUUAGCUUUAAGGGUCAUAUGAAUGAAACUGGUUUUGCUAGCUUUAAGGUUUCACUACCCGAUUUACCUGAAUAUGAGGGUUAUUCUCAUUACUACUCUUUGGAAUUGAAAUACUUGGAUGAACAACGUGAACUUUAUACUACUUAUCAGCAUAGGGAACCCAAAAAGAUUGAUACUCCCAAGGAGGAGGAUGACAAGCCAAAGGAAUAUUUCACAUUGGUGGAUAAAUACUCAGCAGAUACAAAACUAUAUUUGAACAAAGCCGAUCAAUUUACUCUCAACUCUAGUCAACCCUUACCCUAUUUCGAUUACAAUGUGAUUGGCCGCGGCAAUAUUUUAAAGAGUGGUCAUGUUGAUUUACCCGACAAGCCUAAAGUAUAUAACUUAAGUUUAACUCCCGAACUCUCGUGGGCACCGAAUUUCGGCAUCUAUGUCUACUAUGUAGAUGAAAAGGGAGAAUAUCAUUAUGCUGAACAGAGAUAUCAUAUUGAUUUUGAGUUACAGAACCAGAUUAAUGUAACCGCAGAAAAACAGGUUAAACCUGGUCAAGAGGUGGCCUUAAAGAUUUCCACCGAACCCAAUUCCUUUGUGGGACUUAUGGCCGUCGAUCAAAGUGUUUUGUUAUUGAGAUCCAACAACGAUUUGAAUCCUUAUGAAUUCAAUUGGGUUUUAGGAUCUUAUAGCACAAAUACUCCUCAUCAGGGAGGCUAUUCCGAAUAUCCCGGUACUACUUCUGGUUGUGUUACCUUAACAAAUGCGGAUUAUUUCUAUAAUUGGACUCGACCUGAUUACAUGUCAACUGCAGAUCGUGGUUUUGUUAGUAAUGAUAUUAAUCUUAAGACUGCAGUGAAAGGUGCCGCCGCUCCGGGAGCACCAGGAAUAUCUACAUUUGCUGCUGAGAGUGCCCAAGCGGGAGGAGGUUUCGGAGGAGGUGCUGAAACUGUGCAAGUACGUAAAGACUUUUCGGAAACUUGGCUGUUUGCAGAUAUUGAAAAUACUGAAACUGCUGAAUUCACCUGGUCUAAGAAGAUUCCCGAAACUAUUACUUCCUGGGUAUUGACAGCAUUCUCUUUGAACCCCACCAAGGGUUUGGGUGUCACCAAGGAUCAAACUAAAAUCACCACUUUCUUGCCCUUCUUCAUAUCCAUCAGAUUACCCUAUUCCGUUAAAAGAGGCGAAGUUAUCAAUGUUCCUGCUUUGGUCUUUAACUACUUGGACAAAGCCUUAGAUGUUGAAGUCACCUUGGAUAACAGUGAUGGUGAAUACGAAUUCACUGAAUUCUCCAAUGAAAUUAUAAGCGAACAAAAACAAAUGAAGAGCGUACGUGUCCCGGCCAAUGGAGCUGCUGGUGUUUCCUUCUUACUCAAGCCCAAGGUCAUUGGUAAUGUCAUGCUAAAAUUUACUGCUAUUUCACCAGUUGCCGGUGAUGCUAUACACAAAUCUAUGAAGGUGGUUCCCGAGGGUGUUACCCAAUAUGCCAAUCGUGCCUAUUUGGUUAAUUUGAAAAAGGAACCAGAGGUUAAAACUUCCUUUGAAUUGGAAUUGCCUGAGGAUUUGGUGCCCGAUUCGGAGCACGUAGAAGUUGGUGUUAUGGGUGAUAUUUUGGGUCCUGUUUUGAAUAACUUGGACAAUUUGGUGCGCUUGCCUACCGGAUGUGGUGAACAGACCAUGUCCACUUUGUUGCCUAAUUAUAUAGUCAUGAAAUAUCUUAAGGAUUCCAAUCGUUUAACUCCCGCCAUGGAAACUAAACUUAUUUACAAUAUGGAGACUGGUUAUCAAAAUAUGUUGAAGUAUCGUCAUCCUGAUGGUUCUUUCAGUAGUUUUGGUCCCGCUCAAAUGAAAGAUAAACCACGCAAUGGUUCUACCUGGUUGACCGCCUAUGUUAUGCGUUCUUUGCAGCAAAUUAAGGAAUUUGUUGAUGUCAGUGAUAAGAUCAUUGAUGAAGGUAUUAACUAUUUGACAAAACAACAGGCUCCUAAUGGUACUUUCACCGAAAAAGGAGAUUACUUCUAUGCUUCACAAAGAAAUCAUGUCACACUUACCGGUUCAACUGUUUUGGCUUUACUGGAAAAUGCCACCUAUGCCGAGAAAUAUUCACAAGAAUUGAAAAAAGGUUUGGACUACAUAGCCCAAAAUGUGGAAAAAACCGAUUCUUUGCAGGCCCAAGCUAUGGGUACCUAUACCUUAAACAAGGCCAAACAUGCUGAUGCCAAAGAAAAACUAUCUAAACUUACAUCGCUAGCUAAAACCGAAUCCGAUCGCAUGUGGUGGUCUUCGGAGAAAAAGCCCAUCGGUCCCAGAUGGUGGUUCUAUGUUUUCAGCAAUGAUGUUGAAAUUACCUCUUACGCCUUAUUGACCAUGUUGGAUCAGGAUUCCACGAAGGUGGAUGAUGUUUUGCCCAUUAUUAAAUGGUUGAUUGCUCAACGUAAUAGUUAUGGUGGUUUUGCCUCCACCCAGGAUACUGUUGUGGGCUUAAUGGCUCUUACUAAGUUUGCCAAGUUUGCUGAUUAUGAACCCGCUAAAAUGACUGUUGAUAUUGAGUCAAAGGAUAAGAAGGAAAUGAUUAAACUGACUGAGGAUAAUGGUAUUUUAUAUCAAAAUGUGGAGAUGCCUCCUAAAACAAAAGCUAUUGAAUUCACCGCCAAGGGUACCGGUACUGCACUCGUACAAAUUGCCUAUCAAUACAACAUUUUCGAAAAGGAACCUAAGCCCAGCUUUACCAUAAAAACCACCAAACUCGACAAAAGCCGUCCAACACAUUUGGAAAUGCUAGUGUGUGUCAAUUAUGAAGGUGAGGGUGAAUCCUCCAACAUGGCUGUGUUGGAAAUUUCAACACCCUCCGGUUAUAUAAUCGAUGAUGAAAGUCUCAAGGAAAUCAAGGAACUCAAGAGAGUUAGCAAUACUGAACUGAAAAACUCCGAUUCCUUGUUGGUAGUCUAUUUCGAUCAUUUGUACAAAAAUGACGAACAAUGCCUAAUGAUUGAGGCUUUCAGAACUCACGCUGUGGCCAUGCAAAAACCAGCUCCUAUAGUGUUGUAUGAUUAUUAUGAUACCAGCAAGAAGGUAACCUCCUUCUAUGAAAUCGAAUCGAAAUUAUGUGAUAUUUGCGAGAGCGAAGAGGAGUGCAGUAAAUGCAAAUAAGAGAAUAAUUUGUUCUACUUAAAUUAUAUUUAACUUUUUUAUACGAACAUUUUCUUAGUCUGUUAUUAAUGCAAAAAUGAUUUCUUUGUUUUGUAUGUAUAGAAUUAUAAAAUUUAUGGAUCUUACAAGAUUCCUUAACAAAAAACUAUUUAAAAAAAAUAUUUUUUUGUAAUUUUAGGUUAUAAAUAAAAAUAAAAAUAUGUACAAU